UCGAAAAAAAAAACAUUUUGCAGCAACUUCCACCUUUGAUCUACGAAUCAACGACGCGAGCCACGAUCAGGGAUAUCAGAGACCAACGAAAUCAAUCCGGCAAGAUGACGACGAUGGAUUUGCGCGUCGGGAACAAGUACCGGAUCGGUCGCAAGAUCGGUUCGGGCUCGUUUGGUGAUAUCUAUCUCGGAACCAACAUCAUUUCUGGCGAGGAGAUUGCCAUCAAGCUUGAGAGUGUGAAGGCGAAGCACCCUCAGCUCGAGUAUGAGGCUCGCGUCUACAAGUCGCUCGCUGGCGGCGUUGGCAUCCCGUUUGUUCGGUGGUUCGGCACCGAGUGCGACUAUAACGCUAUGGUCCUUGAUCUCCUCGGUCCUAGCUUGGAGGACCUGUUCAACUUCUGCAACCGCAAGUUCUCGCUGAAGACGGUUUUGCUACUCGCCGAUCAGUUGAUCUCUCGAAUCGAAUACAUCCACGCGAAGUCGUUCAUUCACCGCGAUAUCAAGCCCGACAACUUCCUCAUGGGUAUCGGCAAGCGGGGCAACCAAGUCAACGUCAUCGACUUUGGUCUUGCCAAGAAGUACCGCGACCCUAAAACGCACUUCCACAUUCCGUACAGAGAGAACAAGAACCUGACGGGCACGGCUCGCUAUGCUUCCAUCAACACCCACCUCGGUGUUGAGCAGUCUCGUCGCGACGACAUGGAGUCGCUGGGUUACGUGAUGCUCUACUUCUGCCGUGGCUCGCUCCCUUGGCAGGGCCUGAAGGCUGCCACCAAGAAGCAGAAGUACGACCGCAUCAUGGAGAAGAAGAUGACGACCCCCACCGACGUGCUCUGCCGUGGUUUCCCCAACGAGUUCGCCAUCUACCUGAACUACACCCGGUCGCUCCGCUUCGACGACAAGCCUGACUACAGCUACCUGCGCAAGAUCUUCCGCGACCUCUUUGUCCGCGAGGGCUUCCAGUACGACUACGUCUUCGACUGGACCGUCUACAAGUACCAGAAGAAUGCGCAGGCCAUCCAGCAGGCUGCCGGCAACGCUACCAACCAGCCUGCUCAGGGCGAUCCCAAAGACGCCCAGGCUGCCCGCAAGGAUGCGCAGCAGGCGCUGCCUCGCGGAACCCGGAAGCAGAUCACCGGCGAGACUCCGGACACCAACCGCGCCGUUGGCGGAAGCGACAGGAUGUGAGUGACUUACCAAGCCUAGCCCAAAGCAUUCCUCGUAAGGAAUCAUAUUUCCUUCGUGUUUGGUGUGCUC